AUGUUUGAUACUUGCACUGAGACCAAACGGUCAUCCUCAACCUUGACCGACCCGUCCGUAGAAGGAAACCGCGAGCUCAAAACAAGCACCUCCACGCAGUGUGACUCUGUUGUCGAAAACGUCAUCAUGCCUGAGACUUCCACUGCAAUAGGACUCAAAUCUUCACCUGUCCAUUUGUUUAGCCUGCCUGCCCAAGAAAAUCUCGAAGCUGAUACAAGCGCUACAUGGGAUAUGCCCACCCAGUAUGACAGUGACAGUGACAGUGACAUUCAAACUGUUAUCAUGUGUGACAAUCCCUCUGAGAGUGAUUCCCCUCAAACUUCCCGCUCUAGCCAGAAAGAUCCUAGUACUAUCCCCAACAUGUCCUCUGACGAUUCUUCUUCCGGGGGCUUGGAUAGCUCUUCUGGUGCCAAAUCAGAGACAUCAUCCAAUGACAGCCUUGAUACGAGACCGGAAUACCCACCCAGUGACUUGUUCGACACAUCUGUCUAUGAGAAUUACGAAUCCAAAACCAGCACUACACUGGACGCUUUGACUCAACAUUACAGUGACACUGACGUUCAAACCGUUAUCCUGUGUGACAAUACCUCUGAGAAUCAGGCUAAUACGCCCCAAAACUCCAGCUCUAACCAGGAAGAGCCCAACGCUAUAUCUAGCACGUCAUCCGAUGAUUCGCGUGAUGAUUCCUCUGACGAUUCCUCUAUUGGCUCUUCUUCGGGAUCCUCCAAUAGCUCUUCUGGUGCCAAAUCCGAAUCUUCCUCCGUUGAAGGUGUUGAUACUAGCCCGAAGUCGCUACAUAUCGCCUUGUCCAACCCAUCUUCCAAGGAGAAUUGCGAAUUCCGAACCACCACUACAUCUGAAAAGUCGACUCAGUAUGACAGUGAUAGUGACAGUGAUGUCCAAACCGUUAUCCUGUGUGACGAUACCUCUGAGAAUGACACCAACACGCUCCAAAACUCUAGCUCCAGCCAGAAAGAGCCUAAUACCAUAUCCAACACAUCAUCUGAUAAUUCGGCUGAUGAUUCCUCUGUUGGCUCUUCUCCAUGGGCUUCCGAUAGCUCUUGCGGUGCCAAAUCCGAAUUGUCUUCUAUCGACAGCUUUGAUACGUCAUCUCGGCAUGAUUCUGAAUCAGAGGAGGAAGAGCCCCCAAAGGGUUCCCAAAUGCUGGCGGCAUACGCCUCUCCUCUUCGAGAUGGACAGCGUAUUCGAACUAGCUGUGAUAGUAUCCAUGACCAGGGCCGUUGGCAAGUCGAUCCAGAUGGAUUCAUCAAUGAAAGAUAUCGUGCCGGAGGUCCAUUCCUCUGCUCCCUACCGGAGACAAUCCUCGAUCUGAAAGGCAGUUCCCUUUGA